UUUCACAAACAAAAUAAAGCAUAGUAUAAAUCCUCCCUCCCUCUGUUUCUCUCUCUCUCUCUCUCUUCGAUACAGGGGAUGCAAAUCCAGUUAAUCAACAAAGAAGGAUAUGCUCUGAUAUAUUUUAUUAUUCAAAACCCAAAUCUUGUUAAAUAGAUCAGUUCAAGCAUUGGUGUGUGAUUGGAUCUGGUAAUGAUGAGGAGGGUUGUUGUUUUAUGUUGUUAAGAGGAUCAUUAUGCAGCUACACUUCUCACCUAGCAUGAGAAGUGUAACAAUAUCAAGCAGCAAUGGGUUUGUUGAUUUGAUGAAGAUCAAAGUCACAGCUUGUCACAUUUCUUACAGAACUCUUUUUCAUACUAUUCUUAUUCUUGCUUUCUUGUUACCUUUUCUUUUCAUUCUCACUGCUCUUGUUACCCUUGAAGGUGUCAACAAGUGUUCUUCUUUAGAUUGUUUAAGCAGACGUUUGGGUCCAAAGCUUCUCGGAAGGGGCGAUGAUUCAGGGAGGCUUGUUAAGGAUUUCUACAACAUCCUUAAUCAAGUAAACACUGAACAAGUUCAAGUUGACGUAAACAUUCCUGAUAACUUUACACAACUGGUCUCCGAAAUGAAAAGCAACGCGUACAGUGCCAAAGAUUUUGCUAUCAUAUUGAAAGGAAUGAUGGAGAGAUCUGAGAGGAAGAUUAGAGAAUCUAAACUUCAAGAAUUAACGAACAAACACUUUGCAGCGAGUUCGGUUUCAAAAGGCAUUCAUUGUCUGUCGUUAAGGUUGACCGAUGAAUACUCAUCUAACGCUCACGCAAGACGGCAGUUGCCAUCGCCGGAAUUACUCCCGCUUCUCUCCGACAACUCAUAUUAUCAUUUUAUCCUUUCAACAGACAAUAUUCUUGCGGCAUCAGUUGUAGUCACUUCUGCAAUCCAGUCAUCUUUAGCACCCGAAAAAAUCGUCUUCCACGUGAUAACUGAUAAAAAGACAUAUGCAGGCAUGCACUCAUGGUUUGCUUUAAAUCCCAUCUCACCUGCCGUUAUUGAAGUCAAAGGUGUUCAUCAGUUUGACUGGUUGACCCGAGACAAUGUUCCAGUUCUUCAAGCUGUGGAAAAUCAAAACGGAAUUCGAAAUUAUUAUCAUGGAAGCCCUAAAUACAUAUCACUGCUUAAUCAUCUCCGAAUAUAUCUACCAGAGCUAUUCCCAAAUCUUGAUAAGGUGGUUUUCUUAGACGAUGAUGUUGUAAUUCAACGUGAUUUAUCUCCGCUUUUUGAGAUUGACCUUAACGGGAAGGUCAACGGAGCAGUUGAAACGUGUAAAGGUGAAGAUUCGUGGGUCAUGUCUAAACGGUUCAGAAACUACUUCAAUUUUUCUCACCCAAGAGUGUCUGAAAGUUUGGACCCGAAUGAGUGUGCUUGGGCUUACGGGAUGAAUGUCUUCGACUUUCAUGCAUGGAGAAAAACCAACAUUAGAGAAACAUAUCAUGCAUGGCUUAAAGAGAAUUUGAGGUCGAAUUUGACAUUAUGGAAACUUGGAACGUUGCCGCCAGCGUUGAUUGCAUUUAGGGGCCAUGUUCAACCUAUUGAACCGUCAUGGCACAUGUUAGGUUUAGGGUACCAGAAGAAUACAAACAUUGAAAAUGUAAAAAAAGCCGCUGUAAUCCACUACAACGGUCAAUCAAAACCAUGGUUACAAUUAGGUUACGAGCAUCUUCGCCCUUUUUGGUCAAAAUACGUCAACUACUCCAAUGAGUUUGUCAAAAAUUGCCAUAUCUUGGAGUAAUGAUUGCCUGUGUCAAGUGCAUAAACAAAAAGAUGUGACAAUAUAUAUAAGUAAGAAACCAGCCAGCCAGAAUUGCGAUACAAUUCUUUAAGUGACUCAUCUUCUGAUUGCUGGGACCGGUGUAAGAAGAUAAAUUCUUUUGGUAUGUAACACAACAAUUUCUUUAUUUGGACAGUUUUCAGAUUUCCCCAUAAGGGGGGUAUAUAUUUAUUUUUAGUCAAUAGAAAUGAUUCGCGGGAAUGAAGAACGCCACAUGUUGCUUGCUUCUAUGAGCCUGAAUGCACCAGAGAAGAAAGAUAGUAAGAAACCCUUUGAAGGUUCAAACUCAAGGUUAAAAAAUAUGAUCUUUCAUUUCUAUUUUUUUUUUUUUUUUUUGAGUUCAAACAUCCCCAUUUUGUUUUUUCUUAUACCAUUUUACAUAAUUAUGUCUGAUUUAGGCAGUAGAUGGUUGGAAUUGUUAUGUUACAGGAACUUGAUUCCUAGAUCACAUAUGCCAAGUAUUUGUAUCCAUGAGGAUGUCCAGUAAAUUCUUUUUGAUCAAACAUCUAUACUUUAUAAUGUA